UAAGUCGUAGAUUACACAUGAAGACAUCACAUUGAAAAUUCUGCUUGCAGUUAACAAAGAAGAGAAGAUUUGACUGUUGUUCAGCCACCAUUUGGGUUGCAUUCUACCAGCUGAUGGGGGGGAUGUCCAACUAAGAUGCAGAUAUGCUGUGUGGACCAAACAUGAUGGAGGAACUCCGAGCUCAGCUAAAGCCUGUCUUACGAGGAAAAGAAGGCAAAGAAGAAUAGAUCAUUGUCUUGGACAACAUGGACACCUGCUGCCUGGAAGACCACAAAAAGAUGGAUUCCAACAAAGUAUGGCAGUGGCGCGUUAUGUGUGGAAAGAAACUUUCAGUUUGUCUAGAACCAUUCCAUCACAGCAAUAGAAUAGGGUUGGAUUUUAAUGUGGCAUCCAACACACAGAAAAAAAUUGACUCGCAAUUAGUGACAAAUGGGGUGAUACUUGAAGUCUGUGACUUUGCUAAAACAGUCAACAAGAGUAAAGGGCAUUUUAUCACCAGCAUUCUUGAGAACAAUUUUGAUCUUGGGUUGGAAAAUGAGCAACAGCUGACUGACUUUACUGCUCAAAUUCUGCACAAAGUCAAAGACCUGAUUAAGAAACCUGAAGAUAAAAAAGAAGUGUUUACUCUCUUUGACUUGUCAUCAAAGCCAGAAUGCAAAACCAACAAUGGGCUGAAUAUGGCAUCUGCAGAGCGGAAGACUGAAAGUGUUGAAGUGGAGAUGGAUGAUACUGCACAUGGAGAUCAAUACGCAUGUUCACAAGCAACAUCCAAAGAAUACAUGAAGAUGGAAAGUCUCUUGGAAGACAUGGAAGGAGCACACGGUGACGACAGUGAAGAUAAGGAUGGAUUUAAGGGAUCAGGAGCAAUGUCAGCAGAAGAACUGAUUGAGGAUGCUUUUCUCCCUAAGUUUCCUUAUUGUGAGGAAAUGUGUCUGAACCUUGAUGUUGGGACAAAACAAAGUCUAGAUCCAGGUCUGUUGACAAAGGGUGUGAUGUUAGAACUGGUACACUUCACCAACAUACUUACUGCAUCCUUCACACCUAUCGUCCUGGGGGUGCUGGAGCACAAUUUUGAACUUGAUCUCAAGAGUCAACAUGGAAAACAUCCAAUUUGGUUCAGGAUAUUAAACUUACUAAGAAGAAGAAAUGGUCUUAUCACCACUGGUUGUGAGAUAAGCAUGGAGUUUAAAAAUGAGCCGUUUUCCUUCCAAGUAACCAGAGGCUUAGCACUGUCCAAUAUGGAAGUCCAGCAGAAUCUGUUUCAGGAAGUGACAAAGGCAAGACGAUCUGGUUCAAACAAAGAGCACAGAAGAGAAAAGUCUAAAGACAUGGAGACAAACACACACUCUCAUCACACUGAAUUGUGUCCCACUCGAACGUCGGAGGGAGAUCAUUGUCAAACUGGUUCUCUAUCAGAGUUUGAUCUAGACUCCUUCACUGGCAAUGAAUGUGACAAAGAACAGGAGGAUGUGGAAAUGGAGAAAUACCACACUUGUCCUCAAGGAGAGUCUGAUCUAGACUCGGACAAAGUCACAAACUCUGGUAAUCAAGAUCACUUCCAAAAUCCAAAAAGAUGUUCUCUGAGCUCAGACAUCUCUAGAGAAUCAGAAGCAAGUUGUCGGAACGUUUGUGCGGCUUCAAUCGACACCACCAACAUCUCAUCUAGUUUACCAAUUGUAAACGCAAAUACCAAGUCAUUGAUAUGUCAACCUGAUGAAAAAGGGCUUGGUGGAGGUGAAGAGCAAACACAGAAUCACAAAAAAAAGAAGAAGAAAUGUGACAUGGAACAAGAGGAAUUGGAAACAAAGAACAUGUGGAAGUUGCGUGCUAACUGUGUAAAACAAAUCCUUUCUGCUAAAGAGAUCAGUCUAUUUAAGAAGUCAAAAAAGUUUGGCAUUCAAUUUAAUGUUGGAUUUAGUCCAAAGCAAAACUUCAGUGUUGACUCUCUGCUUGAUACUGUUCUGCUUGAAAUUGCUAGAUUUGCCAUAGCAAUGAAUUCAUCCCUACAGAAUUUCCUCAUGGAGAUUCUUGAGUACAACUUUGACAUCAGCCUGGAGAAUGAAUACCAGAGACAUUUUUUCACAUGUGAAAUGAUGAAAAGAGUAAGAAAACUGAAAGAUUGUGAAGAUGCAGUAAAAUUCUCAAGAGAAGUAUUUGAACUCCCUGGUCCCAUACCAUCAAUAAGUAUGACAAAUCAGAGCAUGGGUAAUAUCAACUCUGAACUCUGCAGCUUAUGGGGAAUGGAGGAGUGUGAUGUUGCCUUUUGGUUUCCUCCUCAUUCACAGGCUGAAACUGAAGAACAUAUUUCACAGAAGUGUGUGGAUCUUCAUCCCUUCUGCAAGGAAAUUAAUCUGAAGCUACAUGUAAACCACACUCAACCAAACAAGAAACUGGACAUCAACAAACUGACCUAUGGAGCAAUGACUGAAGUGACAAGCUUUGCAGAAAAGUUGUGUGGAACAUUUGAGCAGAUUUGUGUUGACAUCCUGAAACACAAUCUGGAUCUUGUGUCCCAAUGUGGAGACUCUGACCUCGCCACAAGUAUUGUUGCACAAAUUCCUGUUGCACUGGAGAAAAGGAAUGUUCCUAAUGCUACAUUUUUUGCAGGCGACAAGAGAAGAAUCUCAACCAAUGUUAAACUGGAUUCCCAGAACAAUCUAUGUCCUGAUGCAGCUAGCGCUGGUUCUUCCCAGGCUGCAUUUGUGAUUCAGGAAGGAGUUAAUUCGCCUGAAAUGGAACUCCAAAAUAACAUUGAUGUAAAGCUCUGGCAAUUGAAGGAGAAUCACAUUCAGAAAAUCCUCUUAAGACCUCAUGAAGAACAUUGUCCACUUUAUCCUUACUCAAGAUGUAAGAAAGUAGGCAUCGAUUUCAAUGUAGGAUCUGGAGUCAAACAGAAUCUUGAUCCCAAAUUACUGACCAAUGGCAUCAUGGUUGAACUUCACACUUUUGUCACAGACUUGCUGUCAGCCCAAAAGUAUUUCAUAACAGAGAUACUGGAGUAUAAUUUCCAUCUUUAUUUCAACAAUGAGCUGUAUCGCCGUGCUUUUGCACAGAAAACCUUUGAGCAAGUAGGUUUUAAUGCAAAGAAGAAAAAAUUACUAACCAAAGUACGGUUUGAACUCCCUGACACGAGGUGCAAACCAGAACCUACCUUUGAGAGACAUUUAUAUUGUCCCAAAUGCCAUCAAGUCAGAAUUCAUAAGCAUUCUCAGGAGGAAUCUGACUCUCGUCACAUGCACAAUCCUCAUCCAACCACCAUGACUCAUGCAGACUCUGCUGAUGCAAAGUGCUCGGCGCAAAAGCCAGCAAAGGAUCCGUCGUCUACCUCCUCAGAAAUAGAGGAGUUGAUAAUGGACAACUACCCUCGCUGCAAGGAAAUAGGUCUGAGCCUGUGUGUGGACAAAGACAAGCCAAAAGACAAGCUUGACCCGCAUGUAUUGACACACUGGGUCAUGGUUGAACUUACUCAUUUUGCCAAAAGAAUGUGUCAAACAAAAUACAAGCUCAUUAAUGAUGUAAUUCAACACAACUUCAACACUGGCAUGCAGGGGCAAGUAGUAACUACUAGAUUGCCGUUCUACAGAGAGCUAAAAGAAAAAGAUGCCCUGCUCUCCUGGCUCAAUGAAGUAUUUGUCAUUCAACCAUUGCCUAUCAGUCAACCUAGAAUUGAAGAUGAAAAGAAAUCCCCAGCAGUUGUGCAUGGAAGUAUAUGGAUGGAAAGUAUUAAAAAAAGAAAACUGGCUCUACAAACAAAAGUAAAAACAGACACACACGGAAAGAAAUCUGCACCAGAUAACAACUACACUUGUCCUCUAGGAGAGUCUGAUUUAGACUCAGACAAACUCACAGACUCGGAAAAGUCUGGCAAUGAAGGUGAAUUAAGGAUUCCAAAACGUUCUCUGAGCUUAGAUCUCUCUUGUGUACCAACUGUAAACUCAUAUGUAGACCCUUGGUUUUCAAGCCAAUCUGAUGAAAGAGGGCUUGGUGGUGUAGGUGAAGAACAAACACGGACUCCAAACAAAUGUGACAUGGAACAAGAGGAAUUGGGAACAGAGAACAUGUGGAAGUUGCGUGCUAACCGUGUAAAACAAAUCCUCUCUGCUAAAGAGUUGAGUCCAUUCAAGAGGUCCAAGAGGUUUGGCCUUAAAUUCAACAUUGGAUUUCUCCCAAAGCAAAACUUUAGUGUUGAUGCUCUGCAUGAUUCUAUACUGUUGGAGAUUGCUAGAUUUGCCAUAGCAAUGAAUUCAUCCCUACAGAAUUUCAUCAUGGAGAUUCUUGAGUACAACUUUGACAUCAGCCUGGAGAAUGAAUACCAGAGAGACAUUUUCACAUGUGAAAUUAUGAAUAGAGUAAGAAAACUGAAAGAUAGUGAAGAUGCAGUCAAAUUCUCAAAAGAAGUCUUUGAACUCCAUGGUCCCAUUCCAUCAAUAAGUAUGACAAAUCAGAGCGUGGGCAAUGUCAACGCUGAACUCACCAGCAUAUCGAGGAUGGAGGAGUGUGAUGUUGCCUGUGGGUUUCCUCCUCAUUCACAGGCUCAAACUGAAGAACAUAUUUCACAGAAGUGUGUGGAUCUUCAUCCCUUCUGCAAAGAAAUUAGUCUGAAACUACAUGUAAACCAUACUCAACCAAACAAGAAACUGGACAUCAACAAACUGACGUAUGGAGCAAUGACUGAAGUGACAAGCUUUGCGGAAAAGUUGUGUGGAACAUUUGAGCAGAUUUGUGUUGACAUCCUAAAACACAAUCUGGAUCUUGAUUUUCAAUGUGGAGAUUCUGACCUCGCCAGAAGUAUUGUUGCACGAAUUCCUGCAAUACUAGAACAAUGGAACUUAUCAAGCUAUGUAAAUGGCUACAAUAAUCUCAAUAUCUCAACAAAUGACUCAACACUGAAACUGAAUUCCUACAACAACCCACAUUCUGAUGCAGCUGGUGCUGGUCCUUCCCAGACUACAAUCAUAGACCAAGAAGUAAACAGUUCUCCUGACAUAGAACACCAAAAUGAGUUUGAAUUGAAGCUGUGGCAAUUGCGGGCCAAUCACAUUCAGCAAAUCCUCUCAAGACCUCAUGAAGAACAUUGCCCACUUUAUUCUUACUCGAGAUGUAAGAAAGUAGGCAUUGAUUUCAAUGUAGGAUCUGGAGUAAAACAGAAUCUUGAUCCCAAAUUACUGACUAAUGGCAUCCUGGUUGAACUUGGUACUUUUGCCAAAGCUCUAGUAUCAGCCCAAAAGUAUUUCAUCACAGAGACACUGGAGUAUAAUUUUCAUCUUGAUUUCAACAAUGAGCUCUAUCGCAGUGCCUUUGCACAGAAAACGUUGGUGAAAAUAAGAAGUAGGAAAUUCAGAAGAAAAUCUGCAUUUCUUUUUGAACUCCCUGACACGAGGUGCAAACCAGAACCUACCGUUGAUAGACAUUUAUAUUGCCCCAAAUGCUAUCAAGUCAGAAAUGAUAAGCAUCGUCAGGAGGAAUCUGGCUCUGGUCACAUGCAUCAUCCACAUCCACAGACCAGGAAUGAUGCAGACUCUACUGAUGCAAACUGCUCGGCACAAAAGCCGGAAAAGGAUCCGUCGUUUAACUUCUCAGCAAUAGAGGAGUUGAUAAUGGACCACUACCCUCGCUGCAAGGAAGGAGGUCUGAGCCUGUGUGUGGACAAAGACAAGCCAAAAGACAAGCUUGACCCGCAUGUAUUGACACACUGGAUCAUGGUUGAACUUUUGCAUUUUGCUAAAAGAAUGUGUGGAACAAAAUACAAGCUCAUUUGUGAUGUCAUUCAUCACAACUUCAGGACUGGCAUGCAGGGGCAAGUAAUAACUACUACAUUUCAGUUCAAAAAAGAGAUGAAAGAAAAAGACGCCCUGCGCUCCUGGCUCAAUGAAGUAUUUGUCAUUCAACCAUUGCCUAUCAGUCAACCUAGAAUUGAAGUUGAAAAGAAAUCCCCAGCAGUUGUGCAUGGAAGUGAAGGGAUGGAAAGUAUAAAAAAAAGAAAACUGGCUCUGCAAACAAAAGUGAAAACAGACACACUUCAAAGUGUCGUAAAGACAUCGGAAAAGAAUCAUCCGAGUCAAGGACGCUGCUAUCGCGAGAAAGCACAGAAAAGGAAAUCUACCACGUAUCCCAUGGAAGUUCCAGGCAGGAAAAAGAGCAAGGAUCAUUUUGUGCAACAAGCAAGAUACCAGUCGGAUGAAAACCGUUUGCAUUUUCUUGAUGGCGCUAAAAUGAACGAGAAAACUCUGUUCCGUCAUGAGGACGCCGAGUUGCCAACAGAUCCGGAGACGAGUCAAGUGGGUGCAGGUUGUGGCGGUCUUCUUCAGGGAAACCUUCACACAAAAGAGGAGGAAUAUGAUCCAUGUUAUCGGAAUAUGAAUCCAGAACCAGACACAGAGCAACAAUAUUAUCCACUUCAUGGUGAAGUCAAAAUGGAGUCAAAUGCUGCAGAGGCCGAGAAUCCAGGCGAAGGAACCUACAGAACUUCUUAGAUUUACUUUCCCCAAAUCAGAAAAUGAGAAUCUUCAGUAUUCUCUCGCUGAGCCACAAGGAUGUGCUGUAUCCCCAAACACUGUCAAUACCACACAAACUGAAUGGGACACUGAGGAUGGGAAGUAUUCAGUCCCAGUUGAAGCAGCAGAGGACCUGGAAUAUACCAUGGUAACCAUAGGUUAGAGCAACCAGAGCACAUCGAUCAAAGAAGAGAAAGAAAAUGUGUGGUCACAAAAAUGAAGUGGGCAUCUCACGGGAACAAGUUCCUUAAUGUUCUGGACUACAAUUGGCAAGAGAGACAUGUUCGUUUUCUACUAAACGGAUGCGGUUUGCUGCCUUCAAUGCUUUGAAAACCUCUUUCUCGUUGGGGUAAAUGUAUAUAAUGACUCAUAUUAAUUUGGCAGGAAUGCAUCCUCAAAAAGAAGGAAAUAUCUGACUGAAUGUUUCAGUGUAUGAAAUCUCAAUAUUCAUGGUUUGAAGCUUUGUUUUCAAAUGUUGUAUUGUGCCACUCUUGGACAUUAUUUAAACUUGUUUUUGGGCUUUCCUUUUCCUCUGGUAAGCCUGGGUCAUUUGUCAAGUUUGUAUUCAUGUGUAUAUUGAUCUUUUGACACUGAACGUUACUCUACUUUACUCUCUUUAUUAUAAUAUUACAUUGUUUUAUUUGUUCAACUAUGUUUAUUUUCUUGCUCGACCACGUUCUCAUGGUACUAGUGCCUUUUCUGAACUCCUAACAUCUGUGAUUUAAUUAUAUUGUUGUAUUUUCAAAUGAGAAAAAAAUGCUUCUCAUGAAAAUGUAAGAUGUCUUACUAUAACGGUCAAUUUCUUGAAGCUCUGAUGUACCGAUGUAAAAUUACCUGGUUCUUUAUAUUUUAUUAUAGUGCUCAUUUCUGUUAAGGUUCAUUUUAUAAAAACAAUUUAAAAAGCC